GCGUCCGGCGCACCCCACGCGCCCCUGGCCUCGCCUGCACCCAGCUCGGGUGCCCUCGCCCCUGCCUCCGCUCGGGCCACAGGCCGGGCGCGGCCGCUGCAGGAGCCGGUGGGCGCGCAGGGGCGAGGCGGCCGGGCGGACGCCAUGUCCAUGGAGGACCCCUUCUUUGUGGUGAAAGGGGAGGUGCAGAAAGCAGUCAACACUGCCCAGGGCUUGUUUCAGAGAUGGACGGAGCUCCUGCAGGACCCCUCCAUAGCCACGAGGGAAGAGAUCGACUGGACCACCAACGAGCUGAGGAACAACCUGCGCAGCAUCGAGUGGGAUCUGGAGGACCUGGACGAGACAAUCAGCAUAGUUGAAGCAAAUCCCAGAAAAUUCAACCUUGAUGCUACUGAACUGAGCGUAAGGAAAGCCUUCAUCACAAGCACUCGGCAAGUUGUCAGGGACAUGAAGGAUCAGAUGUCGGCUUCUUCUGUGCAGGCGUUGGCUGAAAGAAGAAACAGGCAGGCACUGCUGGGAGACAGUGGCGGCCAGAGCUGGAGCAGCAGAGCCCCGGACAAAUAUGGGCGCCUGGACCGAGAGCUGCAGCUGGCCAACUCCCAUUUCAUCGAGGAGCAGCAGGCACAGCAGCAGCUGAUUGUGGAGCAGCAGGAUGAGCAGUUGGAGCUGGUCUCCGGCAGCAUCGGGGUGCUGAAGAGCAUGUCCCAGCGCAUCGGCGGGGAGCUGGAGGAGCAGGCAGUAAUGUUGGACGGUUUCUCCCACGAGCUGGAGAGCACUCAGUCUCGGCUGGACAACGUGAUGAAGAAACUUGCCAAGGUGUCUCACAUGACCAGCGAUCGGCGCCAGUGGUGUGCCAUCGCCGUGCUCUUUGCGGUCCUGCUGGUCGUGCUGAUCCUGUUCCUCGUGCUGUGACGGAGGCCUCGGCCAGGAGCCCUUGCUGCACACGACCCCGGGGAGAGGGAGAAGCCAGCCCAGCCGCCUGCCCCCAGUCCUCUCCAGGAGACAGCCGCCACGCCAGCUCCACAACUGGGAAGGGAAGAGGGGUCAGGAGCCCCCGCCCACCCCAAGGCCAACAGCUGCUGCUUUGCCUCUCCAGACCACCUUCCCCAGGGGCCUCUGAGCAGCCCCUCCCAUGUCGUCGCCCCUCCGCCGUCCCUGUGGGGAGGGCUGGCCACUGGCUGCCUCUUGCUUCCCGUCGCUGAAGCCUUUCUCAGCCCCUGAGCGUGAGCUGCUCAUUAGAGCUGGAGGCUCGGGAGAGUUUGUGACAGAGACAUCGGUUCCCGUUCCAGGGAUGAGUGCUGAGAUGAAGUCCUUCCUCCCGGGCACUUGCUCGUGGCGGGAGCAGCAAGUGGGAAAUAGUGAGGCGCCUGGGUUUGGGCUUCUGGAAGAGCAGCACAGCCUGGGGCAGGCUGGCCAUGUCGCUGACUGGUGCCCUCGCACGGGGUGGGGUGGGGCCGCUACUGCGCAGAGAGGGCAAUGAGGAGGAAGCAUAGCUCGGGACCAGGCCUCUCCGGCCAUGAGAGAGAGGGAGGCUGGGCAGAUGCACUCAGCUCAUUCUUGCCCCAAAGACAACAGCUUGAUUUUAUGCAUUGAAAUAACUGAGCCAGUCCAGAUUCACAUAGUAGAUGCUUAAUUGAGUUUAAGUGGAAAGCGCUGAGACACUAAGCGCCAGGCUUCUGAAGACUUCGUAACUGCUGCAGGUGCACACACUGGGGGGGGGGGGGGGGUAUUUUUGUAGCUUCCCUGAGGUUGAGCAGCUACGGGGCCUGGAGCCAGGGCUCAGCGGUGGAGGCUGCAGGUCUGUCUCCUGUCCUCCUUUGUCCUGGGAACAGCAGCCUCUGGACUGAGCUUCAGUCUGGAGCUCAUUUCCUGUCCUUUCUGGGUUAUUCCUCAGCACACUGACUUUUUUCUCUUUUACCUUUUUCUCGUUUUGUUUCUUGUGGUUUUGUUCUGGGAUUUUCUUUCCUCCAUGUUUAUGAUUUGCUAUGAUGUGCUUGACCAGCUAACUUUUGAAUCGCACUUUUAAAUAAAUGUUUGUGACAGUU